UACGGUGGUGGAUUCGGCGGUGUCGGCCUGAUUGGACUCGGUCUCGGCGGACGUGGUGGAUACGGAGGAGGCUACGGUGGACUCGGAGGCUUCGGUGGACUCGGCGGAGGCUUCGGUGGACUCGGAGGAGGUUGGGGUCUUGGUGGUGGACGGGGCCAUGGAGGCGGCUACGGUUAUGGUGGAGGCGUCGGCAAAGCUGUUGUCAUCCCUGUUGGAGGUUACGGCUACGGUAUGUUCAGAGAUAUUUUCCCUUUUAAUUUUUUCGCAAUACGUGUAUUUAUUAAUGGUAGGGCUCAGCCAGGUGCAGUUUUUUUUUACAGUGGGUCCGGGGAUUUUGAGAAAAUACCGGUUGGUCCAAAUGUUAAAAAAAAGAGUUGAUUUCUAAUUUUCUAUAACACGAGCGGUCUUUAGACAAUAGUCCUCCAUGCAGUCCCACAGACAAUAAGAUAAAAGUCUCCUACGAAAAAAUGUAACCUUUAUACCUGAGUUCAAUCGCAGCGCAUGAAGCUCUGUGCUUGUUCUUUUUUUUCCACUCACCACUAUUGAUAUGAAAAAUGUUGAGUAGGGGAGGGCUGGUUGGGAAAUAAAAGCAGCCACACUACAAUUAAGAUAUAUCUAUAUAUAAAUAUAUAUAUUUAAUAUAUAUAUAUAUUUAUUUAUUUAUAUUUAUAUAUAAGUAUAUAUAUGUAUUAUAGAGUGUCUGAAAUAUUUACAUAAAAGUUUUGAAAUGUAUAUAUUGAAACACUGCAUCUAGAUAUCUAGGAAGCUUUGGUCUAAAAUUGUCGUAAGUUUAACAAAUCUAUAAAUAAUUAUUCUUUAAAAACUUCUUUAAACACGUUUAUCUAAUUUGUUUAUCGUCAAGAUUCAUCUAUUUUCUGUUUUUCGUAUCCAACAGGCAAGGGCAACAACUACUACUAAAAGGACAAAAGAUUUCUUCCUUGUACCGGAAGUUGUAAAACACAAAACGGAAGUGAAUCUGUUAAGCGUGUUGUUUAGACGCACUCAAUAAAAAAACAUAUAAAAUUAAUCAAGGUAGUUGUUUGAGUUUUUUUUUUAAUGUAUCAUGUAACGAUCAUAUAUUAUAUGUAUAUGUGUGGGUUAUGAUGCUACUUGUAGAGUUGUAGUUAUCGCUCACACUAUUCAUCCACAUCCACAUACGUCCAUGAUUAUCCAAAGCAUUACCAGAGAACUCACUGAUUUAGCAUCACGACGUUUAUAUACUGAUGAAAAGUACACAUAAUAAAAUAACAUCUCCGUAGAUCAGAGUAAAAAUAUAAUUCUUCAUAUAACUUCUUCCAUUUCACAAUCAACAUUAAGCUGCUGUUCAAUAACUAAAAUGACCGUAGCAAGUACUCAUGAAAAAAAACCUCCAACCGUCACUCUCAGUUUUUUUCCUUCCCAUAAUUCAUUCCUUAACUUCCUGGUUUUUUUUCUACUUAACAAAACACUACAUUAUUUUACGAAACAAAAUUUAUAUCUAAAUAGUUGAUCUGUGACAUAUCAUUUGAAACAUUACGUUAAAAUCAAAGAGGCAGUAUCCCAUUUCUGAACACCAUUCUAUGAACACACUUAUGGCAUGUGUCAGUAUGCUUUAGGGUCAAUCAGGUCCGUCAAUCAAUCCCUGCAACCCCUGCGGCUUCAGGAAGCCUUGCUUAUAUAAAGGUGCUCAGACUUAGAAUGUGGAAAAAAAAAAUUCGCUGAUGUUAUUAUUAAUAGAUAACAAGUUAGUAAUUAGUCGAUUAAAGGGCGUCUGCCCCCCGCCCCCCCCCCCACGUUUUCUGAUAGUCUCAAUCCCAAGUGUAUUUGUUUGGACUCGGGGUUCAAUUCCUAGCAAAAGGCGUCACACGCAAAAUUAACACCAGCGCCCCCCCCCCCACCCCCCCUGCUGGGUGGGUCACGUUGACCUGGGAUGGCAACUGAUCUAUGAGAAGGCAAACUCUGACAGGAAAGGCGGAAAUAGAGUCAAACUCCUAAUACUGAGAGUUGCAAAAGAUGGUUUAACGAUACCGCGUUUUUUUAAUCGAGUACGAUACUUUAGUUAUAGUUUCCCCUAAAGUUUUGUGGUCGUGUAAUUGUGGUGCUUUGCACGCAAGGAAACGCCGAACCACCGAUUGGUUUGUCAGACGAUGCGUACAGAAAAUUCUUGGUAGAAUUAUGUAACCUUUGCUAAAAAUUACAAAACAUAUUAAUUCAAUGUAUUUAAGUCUGUUUCAUGGGAAUGUAAUCUGUUAUGACUUGAUCUGAAGUCUGAAUUAUGUUUCCCCUCGUGGUGGUGAGUCUAUUCGUUUGGCUUGUUGUUUGUUUUUUUUUUUCACUCUUAAGUCCAAAUCUUGCCCUGAAAUAGACACACUGCAACGUAUGUUUUUGUUUUAAAAAAAAAUAAUUAAACCUGGUCUUAAACGUGGUUGUUUAAUCUUUGACAGGUGUCACUUUUCACUUUUAGUAAUAAAUAAUACCCGAGAUGAUGCGGUUAAAACAGUGACUAAUUUUAAUAUCAGCACUCACCGGUGUCCACAAGACAAAAUAUGUUUCACAGAAAUAUGAAGAUGCGUCGAAUCACAUCACACAAAUGUCAGUCCCCAUUAAAAUCCCAUGAUAUAAUCUAGUUUUACUUGAAAAUAUUAUUAACGAAAUCCUGAUACAUUAAAAAAAAAUGGUCUCUGAUCACUCUCCACCAUUAUUGUCUCCGUCUUCUAUUAUUCAAUCACGCACUCUGAUUGGCCAGUCCUCUCAAAUCCCUACGCUCUUGAUACUGCACACAAUAAAUAUUAAGUACAUUACUUGUGUUCCAUUAGUGCUUCACAUACUCCUAAUAAUAUGUGUGACAACAGGGAUUUUGGAUUGUGCUGUGUAUGGCAUAUGAGCAGAAAGAUGACCAACAUUGUCAUUUCACGUGUCUGUCGGGUUUGACUAAAUACGCCUGGCUUGAGUUACUUUAGUUUGCCACUGCACAAUAAAAAAGAGUACUGAACUAUGAAGAGAAAUUAUUGUACAGUCGUCGGAUCGUUUUCAAUUCAAUCGCUUAGAUGUGGCUACAAUGACACAAAACCGUGUGUGGGGUUGUUGUGAACUGGUUUGUUGUGAGUGUUGGGUAGGGGGAGUCGUUAAUCGUGGGAGUGUUUUGUGAGUUGUUGGUCGUGGGGUCAGAGCGUGAAGUUAGUCCGUGGUGUGGCACGUUUGCGUAGGCUGAGUUGUUUGUGUGGGGAUAUAAAAGGGAUGUGUGUUAGCUAGAGGUCAGUCAGAGAAAGUCAGAGUCAGUGAGAGACAGGGAGAGACAGAGACAGUCAGAGAGCAAGAGUCGUCAAGAUUGUCAGUUAAGAGUUAGAGUGAAGUGUAUCCUGUUGUAUAAAGAACCUAAUAAAUAUUCUAUAUAUAUAUUGUUACAAUGGACCUUUGCGUUUUAUGUGAGAGAGUCAUACACCCUAGACAAAGCAAGAGGGCCGUAACACGUCUAGUAUAACGAAGGUCGUAACAGGGGUCAAUAAAAGACUAAUACAAAUAUGCAGUCAAAAGAUAGGUUCCAAAUCUUUUUUUCGGCAAGCCCCAUGUUGUUGUUUUUUUUAAAUAUUUUUUUUUAUGUUGUUGUUGUUAGGCGUUUAACCUGCGUCUACGUUAACAUGUUUGUGUUAACCGAUAAAAUUAUACAUUUUACGAGACAAUUUUUUCCAAUCAUUGAAUUUGCUGAUGUUGUCACCAUUGUUGGCUUAAUAUCCGACGGGGAAAAGCUUAUACCGGGACUUAGUUACACGCUUUAUUAGAUGAAUGUUGUCUUCAGUUGAAUGUCUCAAAAAAAACGAAAGAAAUGGUUGUUGAUUUCCUGAACCGGCCGGUGGGGGGGGGGGGGGGACACCCAAUUGCAGAUGUCAAAAUAACAAAUCAAAAUGUGGAGAAAUUAGAGACAUAGAUGUAACUAGGCAUAACAAUUAAUAAUGAGCUGACAUGACGUGAGCAAAGCCAAUUAUGUAUUUAAAAAUUUAAUAUCCGACGGGGAAAAGCUUAUACCGGGACUUAGUUACACGUUUUAUUAGAUGAAUGUUGUCUUCAGUUGAAUGUCUCAAAAAAAACGAAAGAAAUGGUUGUUGAUUUCCUGAACCGGCCGGUGGGGGGGGGGGUGAGACAACCAAUUGCAGAUGUCACAAUAACAAAUCAAAAUGUGGAGUAAUUAGAGACAUAGAUGUAACUAGGCAUCACCAUUAAUAAUGAGCUGACAUGACGUGAGCACAGCCAAUUAUGUAUUUAAAAAAAGUCAAUCAAAGACUUUAAUAUUUUUAGAAAAUUACAUAAUUUUGGCUUAAAUAACAAGUUAUUAACUUAUUUCACAGUGCAACAAUUGGAAUCCUAACGACCCUCAGUAUUAUCUGCUGAUGUUGGAAUUCAUCGUGUUACAAGAAACACCGAUUGUUCUAAUUUCAUUCGUUGAACAAGGCUCUAACCCGAAAAGACCAGAUCAUGUUGUCUUGUCUAUUGACUCAAGCUUUAACAUACCCUGUUCUACUAUUUCAUAAAAAGAUUAAUCAAGAGAACUAUUAACAUCACACACGCUAAACAUUUUUCAUUUAAAAAAAAACCUAUUUUAAAAUUCUGUUGUAAAAUUGUUUUUUUUUAAAAAUAUUUUACAUGACACAUGCCACCCUCUUCAACACAGAUACCUAAGAUCAGCUCUAACAGGCCAAAGUCUUUCUCUUAAAGUUAGAACCGAAAGAUAUAAAAAGUUAUUUUGUUCCCCAUUCUGUACAUAUUUACCAGCGUGCUCGCCCAGUGGCUACAAAAUCUAAAUGAUCACUUAUUAAGUCAUUAUUGUUACGGGAGUUCAUAAAUGGCUGAUUUCUACGCUAGAGAAAUACUCUAAAUGUCUUGUGCUUAAAUUUUUAUAAUUGUAAAAUGUAGUCUUGGUUUAAAAAGUAAUUCAAAUAUAUUUCCAUUUACUUGAACAAAAUAAAAGAAUAUAAUCUUUUCGUUACUUAAUAUUCAAUGUGAUUACUGUACUUGUAGUUGAAAGUGAUAAGAGUUGUGGGCCUGCUAAAGCCAAACUCAUGGAAUAUAAACAGUAUAUGUGAUUUAAACAAAUUAAAUACGUGUAUAAUGAACGUGUGCAAGGACUCACUUUGAGAUAUCUAUAAAGUUAACAUAAAAAGAGAUCUGUAACAGCUUCAUAAUUAUUAGAAUAGAUAUUUUCAUUAGUUUUCGUAUUAAGAUAAAGUUUUGAAUGUCAUGCGCAGAGACAGAGAGAGAGAGAGAGAGGCAGAGAGAGAGAGAGAGAGAGAAAGAAAGUUAGAGAGGAGGUUGAACAUGGAGAAAAUGCGCUUGUUUUGUGAAAUUUUCUCUUGCAUUGUUUUAUGCUACGUCAUAUUGAAUCUGAACAAUUAUCGUUCAUCUGUUUGGAUUAUAAAGUAUAUGAUGGCAUGACAAUGAUCUUCUUCCGAAUAGGAUACCUAUUUUAUAGAGUGAAUCUUCAUGUCAAUGUAAAUAAAAGUUAAAUAGUGAUGACAACCUCUGGAUUUAUCUCGUGCAUUCACAGCAGUUCAUCCUGUUAAUAAAUUAGGAAAGACUCGCCGUAAACAAGCCAGGACUGUGACACUUGUUACAUAUUAGUAGAGGAGAAGUGUUACAAGAUCAUAGAACAUUCACGGUGACAUGUCAACUCAGUCAAAAUAUGUUCAUUUUUUUUUUAAACAUGUUUAGCGAUUAUUUGCUCCACAGAUUCAAGAAUACGUCUUGUAAGUUAUUAGGAAUGUUGGCUCCGUUUAAAAAAAAGCAAAAAUUGUGUUUAAUAAUUAGUGAAACGGCUUCUAUUGCAAAAUCUUAGGACCACCCUUACAAAUUAAUUUUCAAUGGAUUCAAUUGGACCUAUAAUCUUAUCUUCCUUUUGUUUCUAACUCACCAGAGUGAAGAGCUUUUCAAACAUGACAUUUUAAUGCAAAAAUGAAUUUUACAACUGAAUACAAUUUUCUAAAUGAUCACGUGAUGAAAAGUUAAUAUUUUCUAACAGUCUUCAUAGGUCGCCAUUACUCAUAUUGCGGUCAAUGUUGCAUCGUAGAAAUAUUGACAAUAUAUAACUUUUUUUUUUUUUAAUUUUUCGUCUUCAAAUUUCAUAAACAACAUUUUUUUUUCCAACUUAAAAUAACUAUCGCCAUACACUUCCAGCUUUAACUUAAUGGAAAUGACACCAUACACUUCCAGCUUUAACUUAAUGGAAAUGACGCCAUACACUUCCAGCUUUAAUUUAAUGGAAAUGACGCCAUACACUUCCAGCUUUAACUUAAUGGAAAUGACGCCAUACACUUCCAGCUUUAACUUAAUGGAAAUGACACCAUACACUUCCAGCUUUAACUUAAUGGAAAUGACGCCAUACACUUCCAGCUUUAACUUAAUGGAAAUGACGCCAUACACUUCCAGCUUUAACUUAAUGGAAAUGACGCCAUACACUUCCAGCUUUAACUUAAUGGAAAUGACACCAUACACUUCCAGCUUUAACUUAAUGGAAAUGACACCAUACACUUCCAGCUUUAACUUAAUGGAAAUGACACCAUACACUUCCAGCUUUAACUUAAUGGAAAUGACGCCAUACACUUCCAGCUAUAACUUAAUGGAAAUGACGCCAUACACUUCCAGCUUUAACUUAAUGGAAAUGACACCAUACACUUCCAGCUUUAACUUAAUGGAAAUGACACCAUACACUUCCAGCUUUAACUUAAUGGAAAUGACACCAUACACUUCCAGCUUUAACUUAAUGGAAAUGACGCCAUACACUUCCAGCUUUAACUUAAUGGAAAUGACACCAUACACUUCCAGCUUUAACUUAAUGGAAAUGACGCCAUACACUUCCAGCUUUAACUUAAUGGAAAUGACACCAUACACUUCCAGCUUUAACUUAAUGGAAAUGAGUGAAACGAAGUAAGUAUGGGAAAUCAUUUUUUUACAAAUAACGCAAACAAGAAAGAGUCAUUGGGGUCUACUCUUUAAAAAGAGAAAGAACUAAAUAUCAAGGAACAUAGCAAGACAUAGCAUUAUAGUUAAAAAUCAAAGCAAUUUAAUUUCACGGCGUUUAAUUGUAGCCUUCUAAAAUGUACAACAGAGUGAAAUAUUUUAAAUUCUUGAUUUUGCGAUUUUAGCCAUCAUUUAGUCUUAUUUUAUCGUAUUAACUCAAGACUUUGGUACUGUUAGGAAUGUUCCAAAAAUUAAGAGAGUUUCUGUGUAAGGGGAGGGGGGGGGGUUACUCUAUUUUAAAUUUCUUUUUCGCACCCCGCAUACAAAGGCGUUAUCUCAUCAAGUAUGAUCAGAAUAGUAAGAAUAACGUUAAGAAUAAAAUCAAAUACCGUUGUGCAAGCUAAUUUUCUUGAUGGUUAACUUACAAACUAAUUUAAUGAUUCUAAAAGUUAAAAAAAACAACUAACCGUGAAUUAAUAAAAUAAUUGAAAAGUAAUGGUUAAAACAUUUACAGAAUAAAUUGGUUUUCUUUCUCCUAAAAAUUAACAUUUUUUUUUUUGCAAAAAGAAUCUUUUUACACUGUCUUGACAUUUGACAAGAUAAGCACAGAAGCUAUUUUUAUAUUUGUGAAGCUUGUGACUGUCAAUUAGAGAUUUGCCUGCAUUAAACUUUUAAUUACUUAAGUCUGUUCUGAUGUUCAUGUACUUCUCCCAGACCCCCCCCUUCCCCCCCCUUCCACAUUGAUGUGUGUCUUACUUCCGUGUCCACCAGCAGCCCUGCCCCUAUAUAUAAGUCUCCUCAGUAACAGUCCAUUCACCCAACACCUCCAGUCUACUUGUCACGGAAUUCAAACCGUGGUCUCAGCAUAUCGGUGAGUCAGUAGAUUUUUAAACGUAUUCGCUUUUUAAAGCGUUUAAACACAACACAGUCCUAAAAAUUUUAUAGAUGACGAUAUUUAAAAACUUUGAAAACUUUAAAUAAAUCAUACUGAAGUUACAAUACCACGCCAACGGUAUAUUCCACCAAUUUUGGCAUUAUAUGAAAUCAUUCAAAGCAUAAUAAACAAAACCAGAGAGCAAUGUAUAAUAUAUAUAUAUAUUUAUUUAUUUAUUUAUGUUAGAUACUUAAUUAUAUGAGUAAAGCAAUGAGACAAUGUUUUUCUUCUUGCAGACAAUGUACAAAACUGUGCUCGCCGUUCUUUGCCUGGUCGCUCUUGCUAGCGCCACCGGAUACGGAGGUGGAUACGGUUAUGGUGGUGGAUAUGGUGGAUACGGUGGAGGCUACGGCGGCGGAUACGGUGGUGGAUUCGGUGGCGUCGGCCUGAUUGGACUCGGUCUCGGCGGACGUGGUGGAUACGGAGGAGGCUACGGUGGAAUUGGAGGUUUCGGUGGACUCGGCGGAGGCUUCGGUGGACUCGGAGGAGGUUGGGGUCUCGGUGGUGGAUGGGGCCAUGGUGGUGGUUACGGUUAUGGAGGCGGCGUCGGCAAAGCUGUUGUCAUCCCAGUUGGAGGUUACGGCUACGGUAUGUUCAGAGAUAUUUUUCCGUUCACAUUUUUUGCAAUACGUGCGCUAUUGCAUAUUGCAUUAUAGAGUGUCCGAGAUCUUCAUUUUAUAAUUUUCAAACCUUUUUAUUUAAAUACUGUGUCUACAAAUUUAGGAAGCAUUGAACUAAAAUCCUUAUAUCUUAAAAACUUCCUGACAUUUAAUUCAGCACGUUAAAUCAAUUUGUUAGCGUCAAUAUGCAUUUUUUUGUUUUUUCUUCUCCAACAGGCAAGGGCAACAACUACUACUAAGAACAGAAACUCUUUCUUUCUUGUACCGAAUGGUGUAUAAAACAAAUCGGAAAUUAAUCUGUUAUACGUGUUCUAUUGACGCGCCCAAUAAAAAAUAUAAAAAAAUAAUUCACGUAGUUGUGUGAGUUUUGUCUGAAUGUAUCAAUUGAAACAUUAAAGUUAUACUAAGAAGCACGCAGACCGGAUGCAGCACCAUGCUAUAAGCACACUUAUGACGUAUGUAAUUAUGUUUAAGAUAAACCGUCAUGUGUUCUAUGCAAAUCUCGCAACCCCAGUGGAUCCCCUGCAGCUGUGGGGGGUCUAGGAUAUCAAGGGGGUUCCAAAACUGGUGUGUGUAAACGAAAUUCGUAGAAUGUAUGUUUACCAGAUAACUAGUAAGUAACUUUUUUUAAAUUUCAAGGGCACAAUGAGUGCGCCCACCCCACUCUUUAUUGUGCUAAGGUUGCCCCUGAUGGUCUCACGACGACACGGUGUGUGUUGCGCGGAAGGGAAAAUUCGAAUUCAGCGGGCACAAAACAAAAUGAUGCCACGCAAAGGCUUUGGGCUAACUGAAUAAUAUUAUGUGACAUCUUGGCGACAAUUUAUACAGUCAAACGUACACAUUUACAAUAUAACAUUUUGUUUUGAUAUCUCUUGUUUUGUGCAAAAAACAACGUUCGAUAAUUAUAAUAAAAAUUUGAAAUAGAGAAUUGUUUUUAUGUAUUUUUGGACACAAAACUGUGGGUACUUUAAUAAAAGACAAAUACAAUUUUGAAACUAACGAAUUGAUUCUGUAUCUUUUUUUCGACCAGCCAUCUCUGUUUGUUUUUGUUUAGACUUUUAACUUCCGACGUCAUUAACAUGUUUGCGCUAACUUGUAAAAGUAUACAUGAUCAAUAGACCAACUGAUCCAAACUUUAGAUUUUUGUUGAUUUAUGGAGGGGGAUCACCCAAUUUCACAUCUAACACCAAAAAAAUGACAUUAUGGAACAAGUAGAGCCCUAUAAGUACCUGUAGGUGUCACCAUUAAUAAGAAAGCUGACAUGGCAUGAACGCUGCCCAAUUCUAUUUUUAAAAAUCAACCAAACACUUUUCUAUCUUCAAUAAUUCUACAAUUUUGGUGUCAAAAAAUAAAUGAUUAACUCAUUCGACAAUAGAGCACCCAUUAAAAACACUAAUCAAGAAAUUUAGUGACAUCGCACAAGCCAACAUGCUUCACUAGCUAGUGGCAUCACACAAGCUAAACAUACUUCACUAGCUAGUGGCAUCACACAAGCUAAACAUGCUUCACUAGCUAGUGACAUCGCACAAACUAAACAUACUUCACUAGCUAGUGGCAUCACACAAGCUAAACAUGCUUCACUAGCUAGUGACAUCGGACAAACUAAACAUACUUCACUAGCUAGUGACAUCGGACAAACUAAACAUACUUCACUAGCUAGUGACAUCACACAAACUAAACAUACUCACUGGCUAGUGGCAUCACACAAGCUAAACAUGCUUCACUAGCUAGUGACAUCGGACAAACUAAACAUACUUCACUAGCUAGUGACAUCGCACAAACUAAACAUGCUUCACUAGCUAGUGGCAUCGCACAAACUAAACAUGCUUCCCUAGAUAGUGACAUCGGACAAACUAAACAUGCUUCACUAGCUAGUGACAUCGGACAAACUAAACAUACUUCACUAGCUAGUGACAUCACACAAACUAAACAUACUCACUGGCUAGUGGCAUCACACAAACUAAACAUGCUUCACUAGCUAGUGAAUCACACAAACUAAACAUGCUUCACUAGCUAGUGACAUCACACAAGCUAAACAUGCUUCACUAGCUAGUGACAUUGGACAAACUAAACAUGCUUCACUAGCUAGUGACAUCACACAAACUAAACAUGAUUCACUAACUAGUGACAUCACACAAACUAAACAUACUUCACUAGCUAGUGACAUCGGACAAACUAAACAUGCUUCACUAGCUAGUGACAUCGGAUAAACUAAACAUGCUUCACUAGCUAGUGACAUCGGACAAACUAAACAUGCUUACAUAACUAGUGACAUCACACAAACUAAACAUGCUUCUCUAGCUAGUGGCAUCACACAAGCUAAACAUACUUCACUAGAUAGUGGCAUCACACAAGCUAAACAUGCUUCACUAGCUAGUGACAUCGUACAAACUAAACAUGCUUCACUAACUAGUAAAAAAAUUAUAACAUCUUAUGCUUCAGAUAGUUCUCCUAAUAUGUUGAGCAAGAAAAUGGCAGCUAAAACUUAAAAUUGAUGAAGGCUGAGAAUCCAGAAAUGCUUCUUAAGCAAUGUGUUAAUUAUAGGCUAAACUUGGUAGUUAAACCUAUUUCGCUUGUUCUUAAUGAAGUAUUAAAUUCAGUUAUGAAGUGUUAAAUUCAGUUAUAAAGUAUUAAAUUCAGUUAUGAAGUAUUAAAUUCAGUUAUGAAGUGUUAAGUUCAGUUAUGAAGUGUUAAAUUCAGUUAUGAAGUGUUAAAUUCAGUUAUGAAGUGUUAAAUUCAGUUAUGAAGUAUUAAAUUCAGUAAUGAAGUAUUAAAUUCAGUUAUGAAGUGUUAAAUUCAGUUAUGAAGUGUUAAAUUCAGUUAUGAAGUAUUAAAUUCAGUUAUGAAGUGUUAAAUUCAGUUAUGAGUGUUAAAUUCAGUUAUGAGGUGUUAAAUUCAGUUAUGAAAUGUUACAUUCAGUUAUGAGGUGUAUCAAUGCUAUUAAAGUUAAUUCCACACGUGAGUGUCUCUUCAAGCUGUUUUGUAAAAGAACAAAAUGCAGACCACGUGAGACUUUUACGUCACACUGAAGUAAGGUGGCUCUCGAAAAGGAACUGCUGGAAAAGAUUUAUGCAACUAUUUGAUUACUCUUGGUGACUUUUUUAGUGAGAAACCUGAAAUGAAGUACCUGUUCACAGUGGAUGGUAAAGCAUUUGUGAGUUGUUUAGGCGAUAUCUUUGAAAGAAUAAAUAAAUAAACUAACCAGCAUCAAAGAGCAAAUAAAACUCUUGUCGAUACAAAAGCGAAGAUAUUUGGUUUCAUUACAUUUAUUGAAUUGUGUCCAAAAGGUGUUGGUAACGACAAUUUUGAAAAGUUUCAUUGGCUCAAAAAAUGUGAAGUGACGAUACCGCUAUAGGUGUUAUUGAUUUCAGAUUUAAAAUAAAUUGAUUUUCCAACUUGGAUGACGCUGCCAAUGUUAGUGGAUUUGUCUGAUAUUUCAAAUAUGUAGUAUCAAGAAAAGUUCGUAAAAAAUGCAAAAUGAUAGUAUGCUAAAAAUUUAAUAUAAAAUGAAUGAUGGCAUGGCUUUGUGAGGAGACAGCAAUCAAAUAUUCAAAUUCAACGUCAGAUGCAAGACAGCUAUUGUUACCGUUUCCAUCUCUAUAAUUAGCUGAAUGUGGAUUUCGUGUCGUAAGGGAUUAUCUGCUUUAAAAAAAAAAAUCAGCUGGAUAUAACACAGAGGGGAGACUUGAGACCUGAGACUGAAGAUAUCUAAAUUGUUGAUUAUAGCACAACGGGGAGACUUGAGACUUGAGACUGAAGAUAUCUAAAUUGUUGAUUAUAGCACAGCGGAGCGGGGAGACUUGAGACUGAUGCUAUCUAAAUUGUUGAUUAUAGCACAGCGGAGCGGGGAGACUUGAGACUUGAGACUGAAGAUAUCUAAAUUGUUGAUUAUAGCACAGCGGAGCGGGGAGACUUGAGACUGAUGCUAUCUAAAUUGUUGAUUAUAGCACAGCGGAGCGGGGAGACUUGAGACUGAUGCUAUCUAAAUUGUUGAUUAUAGCACAGCGGAGCGGGGAGACUUGAGACUGAUGCUAUCUAAAUUGGAGCCUAACAUAACAUCUCUGUGCAGCUAGCAUCAAGCAUAAGUUUCUCAUUAAAUUAGUCAUCUCACACUGUAUUUGUCAUCUCACACUAUAUUAGUCAUCUCACAAUGUAUUAGUCAUCUCACACUAUAUUAGUCAUCUCACAAUGCAUUAGUCAUCUCACACUGUAUUUGUCAUCUCACACUAUAUUAGUCAUCUCACACUGUAUUAGUCAUCUCACAAUGUAUUAGUCAUCUCACACUGUAUUUGUCAUCUCACACUAUAUUAGUCAUCUCACACUGUAUUAGUCAUCUCACAAUGUAUUAGUCAUCUCACACUGUAUUAGUCAUCUCACACUGUAUUAGUCAUCUCACACUGUAUUAGUCAUCUCACACUAUAUUAGUCAUCUCACACUGUAUUAGUCAUCUCACACUGUAUUAGUCAUCUCACACUGUAUUAGUCAUCUCACACUGUAUUAGUCAUCUCACACUGUAUUAGUCAUCUCACACUGUAUUAGUCAUCUCACACUGUAUUAGUCAUCUCACACUGUAUUAGUCAUCUCACACUGUAUUAGUCAUCUCACACUGUAUUAGUCAUCUCACACUGUAUUAGUCAUCUCACACUGUAUUAGUCAUCUCACACUGUAUUAGUCAUCUCACACUGUAUUAGUCAUCUCACACUGUAUUAGUCAUCUCACACUGUAUUAGUCAUCUCACACUGUAUUAGUCAUCUCACACUGUAUUAGUCAUCUCACACUGUAUUAGUCAUCUCACACUGUAUUAGUCAUCUCACACUGUAUUAGUCAUCUCACACUGUAUUAGUCAUCUCACACUGUAUUAGUCAUCUCACACUGUAUUAGUCAUCUCACACUGUAUUAGUCAUCUCACACUGUAUUAGUCAUCUCACACUGUAUUAGUCAUCUCACACUGUAUUAGUCAUCUCACACUGUAUUAGUCAUCUCACACUGUAUUAGUCAUCUCACACUGUAUUAGUCAUCUCACACUGUAUUAGUCAUCUCACACUGUAUUAGUCAUCUCACACUGUAUUAGUCAUCUCACACUGUAUUAGUCAUCUCACACUAUAUUAGUCAUCUCACACUGUAUUAGUCAUCUCACACUAUAUUAGUCAUCUCACACUGUAUUAGUCAUCUCACACUAUAUUAGUCAUCUCACACUGUAUUAGUCAUCUCACACUGUAUUAGUCAUCUCACAAUGUAUUAGUCAUCUCACUCUGUAUUUGUCAUCUCACACUAUAUUAGUCAUCUCACAUUGUAUUAGUCAUCUCACACUAUAUUAGUCAUCUCACAAUGUAUUAGUCAUCUCACACUAUAUUAGUCAUCUCACACUGUAUUAGUCAUCUCACACUAUAUUAGUCAUCUCACACUGUAUUAGUCAUCUCACAAUGUAUUAGUCAUCUCACACUGUAUUUGUCAUCUCACACUAUAUUAGUCAUCUCACACUGUAUUUGUCAUCUCACACUAUAUUAGUCAUCUCACACUGUAUUAGUCAUCUCACACUGUAUUAGUCAUCUCACACUAUAUUAGUCAUCUCACACUGUAUUAGUCAUCUCACAAUGUAUUAGUCAUCUCACACUGUAUUAGUCAUCUCACACUGUAUUAGUCAUCUCACACUAUAUUAGUCAUCUCACACUGUAUUAGUCAUCUCACAAUGUAUUAGUCAUCUCACACUGUAUUAGUCAUCUCACAAUGUAUUAGUCAUCUCACACUGUAUUUGUCAUCUCACACUAUAUUAGUCAUCUCACAUUGUAUUAGUCAUCUCACACUAUAUUAGUCAUCUCACACUGUAUUAGUCAUCUCACAAUGCAUUAGUCAUCUCACACUGUAUUAGUCAUCUCACAUUGUAUUAGUCAUCUCACACUAUAUUAGUCAUCUCACACUGUAUUAGUCAUCUCACAAUGUAUUAGUCAUCUCACACUGUAUUAGUCAUCUCACAAUGUAUUAGUCAUCUCACACUGUAUUUGUUAUCUCACACUAUAUUAGUCAUCUCACAUUGUAUUAGUCAUCUCACACUAUAUUAGUCAUCUCACACUGUAUUAGUCAUCUCACACUAUAUUAGUCAUCUCACACUGUAUUAGUCAUCUCACAAUGUAUUUGUCAUCUCACACUGUAUUUGUUAUCUCACACUAUAUUAGUCAUCUCACAAUGUAUUAGUCAUCUCACACUAUAUUAGUCAUCUCACAUUGUAUUAGUCAUCUCACACUAUAUUAGUCAUCUCACAAUGUAUUAGUCAUCUCACACUAUAUUAGUCAUCUCACAUUGUAUUAGUCAUCUCACACUAUAUUAGUCAUCUCACAAUGUAUUAGUCAUCUCACACUGUAUUCUUCUUCUUCUUCUAUAUCUUAAGGGCCCACGAUCAAUUUAUUGAUCAUUUUGGCUCCUAUGCAUGUAGAUGGGAUUUGCAUGUUUCUGUUCCUGGUGUUGAUGAGGAAAUUUCACAGAUUUCCAGGGCCACUUUGUGAGGGAAUCAUGCACUGGGGGUUUGAAGGCUUGAGGCAAUAGACACAAAUGUGUCUAGUGUUGUCGCCUCAACCGUUCCUUUUGAAAGAUUGUUCCAGUCCCUGAUUGUCUUGGGCAGGAAUGAGCAGCUCCUAUACUGGCUUCUUGCUGGUAUGAGCCUGAAUUGCCUGUCAUGGCCUCGUCGCUGUCUAUGGGGGAGAGGUACGAGUUUCUGUUUAAUACUGGAACAGUGGACCAGCCCAUUAUUUAUCUUGUACAUCAUGGAGAGCCUGGAUUGUCGUCGUCGUUUCUCCAAUGGUGACCAGCCUAGUGUUUCUAGCAUGCUGCCAACACUUGAGGUAUUCCUGUAGCGGUUUAGGACAAAGCGUGCUGCUCGUCGCUGGACCGCCUCCAACCUGUCAAUGCUCUUCUGGGUAAAUGGGUCCCAGACUGAAGAUGCAUAAUCUAAAAUCGGACGGAUAAAGGCUUUAUAUGCUCUUUCUUUCACACAGGAGUUGCCAAUCUUUAGAUUUCGCCUUAAGAACCCUAGGGUCUUGUUUGCUUGGUUACAUACAUUGUUAAUAUGUUCAUCCCAUCGGACCUCUCUUUGAAUGGUAACACCCAGGUACUUUACGGAGGAAACUUGCUCAAGAAUAUGUCAUCUCACACUAUAUUAGUCAUCUCACACUGUAUUAGUCAUCUCACACUGUAUUAGUCAUCUCACACUAUAUUAGUCAUCUCACACUGUAUUAGUCAUCUCACACUGUAUUAGUCAUCUCACAAUGCAUUAGUCAUCUCACACUGUAUUUGUCAUCUCACACUAUAUUAGUCAUCUCACACUGUAUUAGUCAUCUCACACUAUAUUAGUCAUCUCACACUGUAUUAGUCAUCUCACAAUGUAUUAGUCUUCUCACACUAUAUUAGUCAUCUCACAAUGUAUUAGUCAUCUCACACUGUAUUAGUCAUCUCACAAUGUAUUAGUCAUCUCACACUAAAUUAGUCAUCUCACACUGUUUUAGUCAUCUCACACUGUAUUUGUCAUUCACACUGUGUUAGUCAUCUCACACAUUAUUAGUCAUCUCACACUGUAUUAGUCAUCUCACACUGUAUUAGUCAUCUCACACUGUAUUAGUCAUCUCACACAUUAUUAGUCAUCUCACAAUGUAUUAGUCAUCUCACAAUGUAUUAGUCAUCUCACACAUUAUCUGCCAUCGCACACUGUAUUUAUUGUCAUCUGACACAGUAUUAGUCAUGUCACAAUGUAUUAGUCAUCUAGCAAUGUAUUUCUGAUACUAUGUUGUAUUUGUGAUCUCACAUUGUAUUUUAAAAUAAAUAGAUAAUGAAUAAUAAAUUGAAAAAUUAAAAUAUAUUAUUUAGUUUUCAUUCAGUAUAUAUUAAAAGGGGGGGGGGGGAUUGAGCUUUAUAAAUGCUUUGGUGGGGCAUGGCAAAAAAAAUGGUUCGAAAACACUGUUAUGAACUAAAACAACAUUUUAAACUAGUCAUAGCCCGCCAAACAUUGGUGACAGCAAUGCAUGAACUUCUCAUCUACUAGUUAUAGCCCGCCAAACAUUUGUGACAGCAAUGCAUGAACUUCUCAUCUACUAGUUAUAGCUCACCAAACAUUGACGACAGCAAUGCAUGAACUUCCCCUCUACUAAAGUCACUUGACAAAACAUGAACUGAAGUAACACACAUUUAAGAAUCCGAAUUUUUGCUAAAUUGAGACGAUUUCAUUUUCCGAAAAGAAAAGAAAAUAUUACGCACGAAACGCAUUUGCGUUAUUUAUAUAUUUUUCGCGCUAUGCGGAAAUGGAAGCAGUCACACUACGAGCAGAAUAUAUAUCUAAGAGAUAUAAAACAUAUUGAGUAGAGGAAGGGUGGAUUGGGAACAGGAAGCAGCCGGAAAUGGAAGCAGUCACACCACAAGCAAAAUAUAUAUAGGAGAUAAUAGAUCCAAACCCAUUCAUCACAUAUAUCACAGAGCAGCUCGAUCCGGGCGAAUUAUUUCUCUUAAACUUAGGAACAGAAAAAAAAAAAAAAUUAAAAAUGUGUUUCCCUGUCAGUACGAAUUUACCCCCCGCGUGCCACACACACACUUUUUUGCCUGCGGUUAAAUAAUUUAAAUGAUCGAUAAUUUUAUUUUGCCCCAGUUAGCCCAAGAUACGCCUCAGAAUAAACGAAUGAAUUUGUCAAAUAAUUACCUUCUUAGAUACGUAUAUAUCGGGAGUAGGAUUAGUGGGUGUGGACAUUUUUACAUGGAUGACAAGAUCUUUAAAUCCAAUGAUAUUGAUGUUAUUAAAAAGAGAUGUUACAUUCUCUUUUUACAAAUAAACAUAUGUUUAACAAUUUAUAAAAAUCAACCGCGCUAGCAAGACGUGGGUACGUUGACAUAUGGGUACAUGAAUAUCAAAAGCCAAUCAUUUUACACAGGUGAAAAUUUAAUUUUGAAAAAUAGAGAUGGGUUAAAAUUUUCUUUCAAAGAAUGAAAAUAUAUUUUUGUUUUUACUUUGCGAAAAGUAAAGUGGGUGUGUAUUGUUAUGAUGGUAAUAACAUUUCUGUAAAUAAAAAAAAUUUAAAAAAACACUCAUGACUGUUACAGACGUGAAAAAAUGGUUAAGAGAUGCUUCUUUAGAUCAAGGAAUUCUUUGACUGACGAUUUUCCGAUAAUAUUUAAGAAAACAAAGACAAAAUUUUGGUUAAAUUUUUAAGGAUGAUAUCAGUAUAUCAAAAUCCGUUAUCAUAAAAUAUAUUUAAAAUGGGAUAUAGAGUUUUUGUUGUAAGGUUAAGAUUAAGUUUUCACAAUUUUUAGAGAAAAAACAAUUUAGCUUAAAGGCACGAAAAGUGGAGGCUAGGCCAAACAUUUAACAAUUUAGUAAACAUAUGACAUCUAAAUUGUUUUAUGUAGCGUAGAAAUCAGCCGUCAAUGAAAUCCUUUAGUGACAAUAAUGAUUUAAUAAGUGAUCAUUAAGAUUUCUUGAUUUAAGUUAAUGUUGAGAGAGGAAAACAAAUGUAUUUAAGGGCACGAAAAGAGUUAGGCUGACGUAUAAUAUAUAGCAGAAAAAUACUUCUUACAACUUUUAAUGAUGUUUUAAACGUAAAAACAUCAUUACAGAGAUACUUAAAAAAAAAAAAAAAAAGAUCGACACCGAGAGUUUGAACAUGAGAAUAAAACAAAUAUAUUUAAGGGAACGAAAAGAGUUAGGCUGACGUAUAAUAAAUAGCAGAAAAAUACUUCUUACAACUUUUAAUGAUGUUUUAAACGUAAAAACAUCAUUACAGAGUUACUUAAAAAAAAAAAAAAAAAGGAAUUGUGAUGAGUUUUCGCAAUAGCAGGUAGAAAUUAUCGUACAUUUCCUGCUAUUAUUAUUUCGAUAACGACGGUAUCAAGAAUGUGAGAAUCGACACUCUUGAAGAUAUGUAUAUAGAUUAACAUAAGAACAGUCCAUGGUGAUAUGUAAACUCAGUCAACAAAUGUUACUUUUUUAAAAAUUUGUAUCGCGUUUUUGUUCCAUAGAUCCAACAAUACAAAUGUUGGUACCGACCUUGGAAGCCAAUAGUGUGUGUUAUUAGUAAAACAAUUUCUAUUGGAAAAUCUUGGAACCACCCAUCAAUUUCAUGUUUAGGUGAUUUAAUUUGAUCAGUGAUCGUCCUGAUACCUCCAUCCCACAGAGGUGCUGAGCUUUUCAAACACGACAUUUUGAUCCAAAAGCCAAUUUUACCUUCACGUGUAAUUGUCUGUACAAUCACAUGCUUAAAUGUCUCAUCUUAAACAGUCCACACGGAUCAACAUUAUUUAUAUGGCAGUUAAUAUGGCAUCGUGGAGGCAUUUAAAAACUUUUGAAAACAUUUCAUCGUGAAUUUCCAUCUCUUAUUUAUACUUUGCUUCUGACAUGGCUGCUUCCUUUUAACACAAAGCCCCCCCCCCCCUUAGCAGCUUGUUUUAUAUUUAGAGUAAUUGGUGAAAAUAUUUUUAAAAAAUGCUGUCCAAGCAGCGAGCGUCAUCGGUGACGGUUGAACUCGGGUAAAAACGUUGAAUUUUUUUGGGGGGUGGCGACUAUUAUUUUAAUAAAGAGUAGGACUCUCUGUAGGACUGUCUAUAUGGCUAUCUUUAGGACUGUCUGUAUGGCUACCUGUAGGACCGCAUGUAGGCCUAUUGUUUAAAAUCUGGCAGGUAGCGUGUGGGACUGUCUGUAGGCCUAUUGUUUAAGGGCAGGCAAUUAUGGUGUAGGACUCUGUUUAGGACUAUUGUUUAAAGGCCGGCAUAUAUUAUAUGCCUGCGAAUCCUGGACAUUAACUGCAGAACUUGAAAGGAAAAUAGAGGCGAUGGAGAUGAGAUGUUUCAGAAACAUUCUUGGCAUCAGCUUCAGGGACCAUAUCUCCAAUGAUCAAGUGAAAGAAAGGGUUCGUCAGGCAAUUGGGCAGUACGAUGACCUCCUGGUGACUGUAAAGGUGACGCUGUACGUGGUGCAGAACAUUUUAAAUCUUAAAAUUUUGAGCACCCAUGAAUUUAGCCCCCACCCCCCUCCCCAAAACCCUCCUUUUCUGUUUCGCACCAUACAUGCUACGUCAUUAGCCCAUCAAGCAUGAUGAGAAUAAUGAUAAGUAUAUAAUCAGGUAUCGAUUGAGUGAACAGAUUCUGUUAAUGAUUGACAAUGAAAACUAUUUUCUUAUUUGAAAGAAAAAACAACAACUUUGUAUUAAUCAAAUAGUUCAAAAGGAAUGAGUCAAACAUUUGCAGAUUAUUUUGUGUUUUUUUUUUCUUUUUCAAAAAUUUACAUUCAAUUUUCGAGUUGAAUCAGUUGAAACUGUUUCUCCAUUUGAUGAGAUAAGCGAGGAGGCAUUUUUUACCUUAGUGACCUGUCAGACAGAGCUUUACCCGCAUUUAAAGGUUCUUUUUUUUUAAGUGUCUCCUCAUUCGUAUGUCAUUCCCCCCCCCCCCACAUUGAUGUGUGUCUUACUUCCGUGUCCACCAGCAGCCCUGGCUCUAUAUAUAAGUCUCUUCAGUAACAGUCCAUUCACCCAACACCUCCAGUCUGCUUGUCACAGAAUUCAAACCGUGGUCUCAGCAUAUCGGUGAGUCGACAGAUUUUCAAACGUUCUCGCUUUUUAAAGUGUUUCAACACAAUGUUAAUCAUUUAAUAGGAGACGUCUCUUUAUCACUUUGAUGAUUAACCGAUAAACAAUUCUAAAGUUACAAUAUGCCGCCAAAUGAAUAUUCAAUCACGUUUGCAUUGCAGAAAAUAAAACUAUUUAGAAAAAAUAUAUUCCACAUAUAUGUGGCAAGUUUCUUUCCUAAAUCAUAUUAGCUAUUCUAUAAGUCCAAAAUCAAACCAAUUAUGUUUAAAUAAAUAAUGAGUUAAGUUUUCUAAUAAGAAAAAAAUAUUGGUUUGGGGGUGGAGGGGGCAACAACAUAAUAUCAAAUCAUAAAGUCCUAUUGAUACAUCUGCAAGUGUUUCUACCUGAUGUACAAAAUUCCUUUAUAAGAGAAUUUUUUUUUAUCUUGUUUGUAUGAGAUUUUCUGUUACUUCUCAACUUAGCGAUAAAAUAAUAAUAGAUGUGCUUCGUAACAUGUGAAAACUUGAGUUCAUUGUGUCAUCUCCCAGUCGGAACACGGUAAAAACUUCCAUUGUAUGAGUAAAGCAAUGACACUCAAAUGUUUUCCUUCUUACCCAGACAAUGUACAAAACUGUGCUCGCCGUUCUUUGCAUGGUCGCUCUCGCUAGCGCCACCGGAUACGGAGGUGGAUACGGUUAUGGCGGUGGAUAUGGUGGAUACGGUGGAGGCUACGGCGGCGGAUACGGUGGUGGAUUCGGCGGUGUCGGCCUGAUUGGACUCGGUCUCGGCGGACGUGGUGGAUACGGAGGAGGCUACGGCGGACUCGGAGGCUUCGGUGGACUCGGCGGAGGCUUCGGUGGACUCGGAGGAGGUUGGGGUCUUGGUGGCGGAUGGGGCCAUGGCGGCGGCUACGGUUAUGGAGGAGGCAUCGGCAAAGCUGUUGUCAUCCCAGUUGGAGGUUACGGCUACGGUAUGUUCAGAGAUAUUUUCCCGUUUACUUUUUUUGCAAUACGUGCGCUAUUUCAUAAUUUGUUAUAGAGUGUCCGAGAUCUUCAUUUUAUAAUUUUCAAACCUUUUUAUUUAAAUACUUUAGCAACAUGUUUAGGAAGCAUUGGUCUAAAAGCGUUUUAAGUGUACACUAUUUAUGAAGUUGUACGUCUUAAAAACAUCUUGAAAUUUAAUUCAACAAGUUAAAUCAAUUUUUUAUCGCCAAUAUACAUCUUUUCUUUUUCUUUUCCAACAGGCAAGGGCAACAACUACUACUAAGAAAAGAAAUUAUUUCUACCUUUUACCGGAAGUUGUAAAGCACAACACAGAAAUCAGUCUGUUGUGCUUGUUUUUGUGUGUGUUUUUUUUGACACGUUC